GGCUGAUUGAGACGAGACAGGUAUUCUGAUUCUGCUACAUAGCAGUUGUUGUCGUUGUCGCUAAAUUCUCAGUUCGUGUUUGUUUGUUGUUGGUUGGAAGUUCCAAGUGGUAGGAACAUUAUGGCAGAAUCAAUACAAAGCAACGGAGACAGCGAAGUAAAACGCCUGCAAGACGGUUCUGAGGUUGAGGCACACCCCAAGAGACACCACGCUUCGUUUGCAGCUGAUGACAGUAUGGACAGUGCAGCAAGCGAGCCAGAAGACAAAGGAGAUGGCGAGGAAAACCCUGGAGAAAUCAUUGUUGUCGAUGAAGACACCGAUGAGUUGGACAUGAACCAUCAACGAAUUGGAAAAAUUACAAACCUGGAGCCCCUUCAAAUGCUGGAGAGGCUGUACCUGCGCUGGAAUCUUAUUAAGAAAAUUGAAAAUUUGAGCCACUUGACCACUUUGCGUGAGCUAGAGCUGUACGACAACCAAAUCACCGUGAUUGAAAAUCUAGAUUCCCUAGUCAAUCUUGAGAUCUUGGAUCUGUCAUUCAACCGAAUUCGUGAAAUCAAAAAUCUGGAAGCCCUUGUAAACCUGGAGAAACUGUAUUUGAGCUCCAACAAGAUCCAGAAGAUUGAUAAUCUGUCUCACCUGAAGAAGCUGAACUGUCUUGAGCUUGGAGACAACAAAAUCAGAGUGAUCGAGAACCUUGACGGGCUGGAAAACCUGAAGCAGCUGUAUCUAGGCAAAAACAAAAUCAACAAAAUCCAGAACCUGCAUAACCUGAAGAAUCUCGAGCUUUUGAGUCUGCAGCACAACCGACUGACAAGCAUUGACAACCUUGACGGUUUGACCGCCUUAAACCAACUGUACAUUUCUGAGAAUGGCAUUGAAGAAAUUUCCAACCUGGAUGGCAAUCUGGAGCUCACAACACUAGAUCUGGCCCAGAACAAAAUCAAGGAAAUUAAAAAUGUGUCGCACCUGUCUAAGCUUGAGGAGUUUUGGUUGAACGACAACCUGGUGGACAAGUGGUCCAACGUUGAGGUGUUGGCGAGCAAUAAAGAGUUGAAGACCAUAUACCUGGAACGCAACCCAGUGGCUAGUGAGUCAGGAUACCGUCGCAAGAUCAAGCUGACCAUCCCUUGGAUCGUUCAAAUUGAUGCCACUCUGGCCGGACCGUAGGAAGACUGAACAGAAGGGACAGCCUUGCUUGCUUUAACCAACCAAGAACUGAAAAUUAUUCAACAUCCUCAGCUACUAAGCGACUGGUGUCAAACAUCCUCUAUUUCCUUCUAGAGAGGCUUUUCAAGUAUUAUUAUCUUACACUAGCUUUUUCCUAGAAUUUGCUUCUAUACAGACCCCACAGCACAGCACAUCGUCUGCUCACCAAUUUGGUUUUACAAAAGUUAAAUUCCAAACGUUUCAAUAAAAUUUUAAUACCUAUGUAAUCAGUUACACUGUCACGUUAUUCCAUUAAAAGAUUUACAGUUAAA